GAAGUGAUAUGUUCAGUCUCACCCAUAAUAUUUGUAACAACAUGGGUCGUUUGUAUACACAAAACGGAUCAAUGUCGCGUUUUUAGGAAUAAAAAGCUAUGUCGCCUCGAGUGAAUGUCACUAACACGUCGCAACGCUUUUGUCGUCGUUACCAGCGCGUUUAAACCCAGCCCGUUUAGAGCGAGAGCGCUAGAUAAAGGAAUUUAGUGACCGAUAAAGACGGAACUGACUGUGCUGCGAAAAUAUGGCAGAGCUGCACGUUGAGACCAACGCGACUGGCAUCAUCGAGCAGAGCGAUCAUUGUGAAAUCAAAGGCUCAGUGAAUGUGAGACUCCCGUCGCCCACUCUGGUGAUUCCAUCUCCCCGGAGUGGCUUGUCUAGUCCCGGGGUCUCCGGUUCGAGAGCAGUGUUUGGGUUCCCAAUGAAGAACAACCCCAGUUCCCCAUCAUCAGAAGCCACAGAGAAGCCAGGAGCUCGGUGGGUUCGGCUGAAUGUUGGAGGAACCUACUUUGUCACAACGAAACAGACCCUGUUCAGGGAUCCCAAGUCGUUUCUGUAUCGAUUAUGUCAGGAAGAUCCCGAGCUGGAUUCGGAUAAGGAUGAGACAGGAGCAUAUUUGAUUGACAGGGAUCCCACAUAUUUCGGACCCAUCUUGAACUUCUUGAGGCAUGGGAAGUUGAUCAUCAACAAGAACCUUGCUGAGGAGGGUGUUCUGGAAGAAGCUGAGUUUUACAACAUUGGAUCGCUUGUGAGGCUGGUAAAGGAGAGAAUACGAGACAAUGAGAACAGAACAUCUCAGGGCCCUGUGAAGCAUGUGUAUCGUGUAUUACAAUGUCAGGAGGAGGAGCUUACUCAGAUGGUCUCCACCAUGUCAGACGGAUGGAAGUUUGAACAGCUCAUAAGUAUCGGCUCCUCCUAUAACUAUGGCAACGAGGACCAGGCAGAAUUUCUGUGUGUUGUUUCCCGGGAGCUCAACAACUCAACUAAUGGAAUUGUUAUCGAACCCACUGAGAAGGCUAAGAUCCUUCAGGAGCGAGGGUCCAGGAUGUGAGAAGCCUGUUGCGUGAGCCCACAAAGAUUUCCCAUGCCUCACUUCUUUUCUCCAGGUCCUCGUCCACCAUACAGCUGACUCAAAGUUCAUCAGCCCACCACCACUCACCCUCUCCUCCUCCCUUGUGCCUUUCCACCAAGGGGGUCUCAGUCCCCCUCCUCUGUGCAGUGCUGCAGCAUUAACCAAUCAGCACCAUCAAUAACUAUCACUGCUAUUAGCAACUAAUCAAAAUGGUCUGAGAUUAAACCUCCAUCCCUGAUGGAAGACUACUCAGAGAGAGCAUUACAGGGAAGGAUUUAUCAUUCAUCUUUAUGCUUGAUAUUUAUGCAGCCUUCAUCAUCAUCCCCAUAUCCCAGUUAUUAUCAUCAUAAUCUUUACAGCUGCUGGCUUUCAAGUUUAAGAGGAUUCAAUUGCCCCGGUCAGCUUGGCUGUGCCCACAUGACCAUAAUCUCCUCAGGACUUCCAAAGGCAUGCAAGAAAGACAAAGCAGUACUCACUUUCCCUGACCUUCAUUACAGCAUAUCUAAACAAGCACAUUCAUUUACACUGUAAAUCAUUAGCAGCCACAUUCACUGUCUAAGUGUGAUCAUCGUUAUUUCAAUAUCCACUGCCCAUUGCCUGGUCAGACCGAGAGCACAGCAGAUGGCGCAAUGGAUAAAACGAAAACUGGCUUUAGAACAGGCAGUGUUUUGUCUUCAGAGUGGCAUGUUUAUUUGUUUACUCUGCCCAUUAACACAUCUGGAAAGGACCAGAUGAGAAGGGAGAACUCCUACUGUCAAUUGUCAGGUCAGAUGCCCCACAGUUGUGUCCAUUGCUGUGAAUCACAAUUCCCUUUCGCUCGGGUUGACUUCUGUCUCCCUGGAAAUUUUUAUUUUCUUUUUUGCCUUGUAGCUACAGAUAUUUCUAAGCAUCAAAACAGGAAAUAAAAAAACUAAAGAAAUAUGUGGUUGUAGGGCAUGAGGAUUAUGUAUAUUGUAAACAUAUGUAUUAUGAAGGGGCCGAAUGCAAGUCAUGUAAUUGCAUAUAUCUGUACCAUAGUAGUUGUUUUUUGUGUUUAUCAAAAUAUGUUUCUCUAUUUGAAUGGAGGAUGUUCUGAAUCAACCCCUGAUGUACUUUUUAAAUGUGUGAUUGCCGAGAUGUACAUUUGUUUGUUGUGUUUUACUUCAAACUAUUUGUUGACGACUGGAAAAAAAACAGGGGACUUCUUUUAUAGAGGUAUCGCGCCUACAUAGUCCAGGUAGUUCAGAAGACUGUUGUUGGACAAAGUGUCCACAAGUUUUGAGUCAGGGCAAAAUUGCAUUAGUGGCUCUUUGUUAGUGACAGCUAUCCAUAUUUGACACUUUUCUGAAUUUUUAAAAUGAUGACCUAGCUCUCCUUAUAAUACCAUAACAGUUUGGCUAUUUAACUGUUUAACUCAUUCUUUAAAAAAAAAAAAAAAAAAAAAUGAAAUGUUGUUGAAUGUAAAGGGCUCCAUUUAUUGUGGACAUUAGAUUAUUGUCAUUUUUUUUUAAAUGUAAUGUAUCAAUUCAGGUAAAUCAUUUUAUGUUUGCUUCAUUUUCACAUGCAAGCUGUCAUUUCAUCCUCUUAACUGGUUGCCCUUAUUGGUUAACACAAUUCUUCUUUCCAGUAGCAGAUAAACUUGAGCUCCUGUUUUUCUUAAAAUGACUUUCUGAAUCUACUGUGACUACAGAAGUGAUCCAUUACAAAAGGACAAUAUCUCUUUAAACAGUAUCAUCCAGGCUUUAUAACGCAUGCCUGAAUUUAGUUUUUUUUGGUCGUUCAUAUCUAUUGAUAAACUGUCAAUUGUUCUAGGGAUGAGUCACAUGCACAUUGAUAUUGAUGUUUUUAUGGUCUGCAGUGUUAUAAAAUGUUGUCUUUUGUUGGGGUAUUUGCCUCCAUAUCACAUCAAACUCAUGUAUAGUGUUUAUCAUAUCAAGAAGACAAAGUACUUGAGUUUGUGAGCUAUGGUAUGCUUGAUUUGCUUGUAUUUCAUAUGUGGUUGCUGGCCUUCCCUUUCUAUGGUUGUGUUAAUGUUUUUCCACCUCCUGGAGAGAGUUUGUUUGUUCAGCUCCAAUUGUUAGUUAUUGAUGCUCCUGUAACAGGACCUCCCUUCUCUCACAGGAUCUUCUUUUACAUUCCUUUUGUUCAGAUUUUUUAUAUGCUUUCAAAACAGAAUGCUGGAUUCAAAUUUAGGUGGCACUGUUAGUCUCUCUUCAUCCCUAUUGUUUGUCUAGUGUUGUGCCUUUGACCUGUUGUGCCCUAUAUCUCCUCGCUCUUUGAUUACUCUUACAGAUGGUUGAGAAGCAGACCAAUAUAAUUUAAUAUUUGAACAUAUUCUAAAUCUGCUGUUGGGCCCCUUUUCCCCAGUUUGUUACUGUACUUGGUCCUGUUGUUUAUGUUACAUGCCUACCUAUUUGUAUUUUUUUUCACUUCUGCCCCUAUGUACUUUUAAUUUGGGUCUUUAAAGGAAUAGCUCACCCAAAAAUGAAAUCUUUGAAGGUCCAAAAUGCACAAAGACAGCGUAAAAGUAAUACACACAGCUCCAGCAGUUAAAUCCAUGUCUUCUGAAGUGCUAUGAUGGGUGUCAGUGAGAAACGGAUAAAUAUUUAAGCCCUUUUUUAACAUAAAUCUCCACUUUAACUUUCAAAUUCUUCUGCUUUUGUUGAAGGUGAAUUUAUGAUUAAAAAAAAGGACCUAAAUAUUGAUCUGUUUCUCAGCCACACCUAUCCUAUUGCUUUUGAAGACAUGGAUUAAACACCUGGAGUUUUAUGGAUUACUUUUAUGCUGCCUUGAUGUCCUUUCUGUAGCUUCACAUUUCUGGCCACCAUUCACUUGCAUUGUAUGGACCUACAGAGUUUAGAUACUCUUCUAAAAUCUUAAUUUGUGUUCAGCAGAAAAAAUAAAUUUCACACUUCUGAGAUGGCACGAGGUUGAGUAAAUAAUUAGAGAAUUUUCAUUUUUGGGUGAACUAUUCCUUGAAUUUUGUGCUUACCUACAUUUUUACUCUAUUUUCUAGAUUAUUUCCUUUAAUGUUCUUAUUAUUUGUAAUAUGUUUUUUGGUUUUGUUUUAUUUUAAGAGUUAAACCCUAAUGCAAGGCAUAAGCAAAUGUCUAAAGUUUUAUGUGUGCCAGUUCAGGAAACUGAUAUGUUGUCUCAUUGACUGCUACUUCUUUCUCAGAAAUGUCAAAGAGUCUUUGUCUCUUUGUAUCUUCCACUAUAAAAAUCUCCCAUUGUCCUUUACUAGGAUCAAACAAAAAGAUACAGAUUAUAAAGAUAUUUUGUUUGUGGAAAAAUAAACUUGUGAAAAGUUAUAUGCUUUUCUAAAAAGCUAGGAGGUUAGAGUAUACUUGUUUUGGAAAGCCAUUUUGGAAGCCUGCAAUGUGUUGUAUAUAAUGUUAUAUGCCAGGAUUGUCAUAGUGUAAAGGUGGAAUGGUGCAUGGAGCGUUAACUGAUUGUAUUAAUAACAUUUGAGAAGGUGCUUAAAAGCAGUUGUUCUCUGGCUCUCGACAGAAAAACCUGGCCCUAAAAUGUUUAUUUUUGUUUUUGUUUCUGUUUUAUAGAAAUCAAUUACAUCACACACAGUACUACUGGAUAAACUUGCUAAGGCUUAAUAUGCUUAUACAACAGUAUUUGUAUUUGGUUUAAAAUAUAGCCUUCAACUGGUGUUUUAAAAGUAGGCCAGAAGUGUAGACCUCUGUCAACCCAUUUUAUAGAAGAAAAAAAAAGU